AUGCUGCGUCAAGGGGCCGAGCCCUUGCUGCCACAGCAGGCGCGCUCGUUCUUCUCACUCUCUCUGGAGUUCUCGGAGGAUGUCAGCGCGUCCAAGCCCAAGGCGGGUGGCGGCGACCUGCUGAAGGCGUGGUCCUCCAAGAAGGCUGAGACCGAAGCUGCCCUGAAGCUGCUGACUACCUACAAGGACCUGGGGGACCUGGCGGGGGAGCCCUACAUCCAGAACCACAACCCCCGCACCUUUGAGGACCUCUCCAAGCCCAUCCCCAACUUCAAGAAGUUCGGCCUCAAGGCCGGGGAGGUGCCGAAGUUCUUUGACGGAGUCCUGCAGGCGCGCGCCGCGGAUGCGGUGGCGGCCAAGGACGCGUGGUGGGCGGAGCGCCGCGCCAACGCGGAGGAGGCCGUCAAGGAGCGCAAGUUCACG